AAGAAAUCCAUCAGUGCAAAGAUGUUCAAGGUGCGCAAGAGGAGGGAGAUGCUGCUGGCGCAAGUGUCUGUGGUCUGCGGUGUUCUGCUCGUGGCGUGGGGCAUGUCAGCCGUCCUGACUAACACAGGUCACGGCAUGAUUGUGGAGGGGCCGACGGAGUCAUUUAACCACUUGGGACGACGGCUGAUGUCAUCAACGUCUGAUAAUGAGACUGAGGAGAAGAACUGCACUGAGCCAGCUAUCCACGAAUUUCCAGAUGAUAUUUUCACCAACGCGGAACGGAAGAGUGGCGCUGUACUGCUACAUAUUAUAGCGACUCUUUACAUGUUCCUGGCGUUGGCAAUCGUGUGUGACGACUACUUUGUGAUGUCUCUAGAGAAAAUCUGUGAGAAGUUAAAUCUGAGCGAGGAUGUCGCUGGCGCUACUUUCAUGGCUGCGGGGAGCUCUGCGCCCGAACUCUUUGCAUCUGUUAUAGGGGUCUUCAUCACUCAUGGUGAUGUUGGAGUCGGAACUAUCGUCGGUUCGGCUGUCUUCAAUAUUCUAUGCAUCAUCGGAGUUUGUGGGAUCUUUGCUGGACAGGUUGUCGUUCUUACCUGGUGGGCUGUUUUCAGGGAUUCUUCCUUCUAUAUAUUGUCCAUACUAGCUCUGAUUGUGUUCAUCUAUGACGAGAAGAUUGUGUGGUGGGAAAGUCUGAUUCUGGUGCUCAUGUACGCUGUAUAUAUCCUCAUUAUGAAAUUUAAUGCGAGCAUGCAGAAAUUUUUCACAAGACAGAUUGUCAAGAACGUUGCGAAUGGAAACGCAGCAGCCGGCAGUGAACUAGAGGACGGUAAUGACAGUUUAAACUCGUUUAAAUGGGACGAUCCAUCUGUACCGCUGUUGUGUCCAGUUAAGUCCAGUAAGGCAUACAGUCGGGGUUCUGUGAUUAUGGUGGAUGAAAUCAUCAACGCCAGCCCCCCAAAUUACCGUUUUCCUGAAGCGGGUCUGCGUGUUAUGGUCACAAACCAUUUUGGACCAAAGACUCGUCUACGCAUGGCCAGUCGCCUCAUUAUAACAGAGCGUCAGAGGUUGGUCCAGGCAGCGAAUGGCGUGGAGACGGCCGUGGUGGAUGGGAAACCAGACAUUGAAAAUGGAAACGUACCAGAGGACAAAACCACCGAAGAGAAAGAGAGUGAACUCACGUCACCCUUCAGAAUACCAGGCGGCUGGAUGAACAAAACUAAAUGGCUGAUCUCGUGGCCUUUAUUGUUUAUUCUUUACUUCACCAUCCCGAACUGUGCGAAGUCUCGCUGGGAGAAUUUCUUCAUGCUGUCGUUUCUGCUUUCCACCGUCUGGAUCGCCGUCUUCUCGUAUCUGAUGGUGUGGAUGGUGACAAUAAUCGGAUACACGCUUGGCAUUCCUGAUGUCAUAAUGGGCAUCACGUUUCUGGCCGCGGGCACGAGUGUUCCAGACUGCAUCGCCAGUUUGAUCGUUGCUCGGCAAGGUCUGGGAGACAUGGCCGUGUCCAACACUAUUGGCAGUAAUGUGUUUGAUAUUCUGGUUGGACUCGGAGUUCCCUGGGCGCUGCAGACCAUGGCCGUCAAUUAUGGAUCAGUUGUUAUGAUAAACAGUCGAGGCCUUGUGUACUCUGUGGUGCUUCUGCUGGGGUCUGUAGCUGUAACCAUUCUUGGCAUCCACCUGAACGGGUGGAAGUUGGACUUUAAGCUGGGAGUUUACGUGCUGGUGCUGUACGCCGUCUUCCUGUGUUUCUCUAUCAUGAUCGAAUACAACGUCUUCACCUUCGUCAACUUACCCAUGUGUCGAGAAGACUAG